AUGUGGUCUCAAAUUGUCCGUCGUCUUUCAACUUCUCCUUUAACUCGUGAACGUCAUCCUAAUUUAUGUCGUUCUUCGCGUUAUGCUACGUUAGGUGAUAAAGAUAUAAGUUUUUUUGAAAGACUUCUUCCAGGUGGACGUGCAAUAACAAAUCCUGAUGACUGUUUACCAUAUAAUAUAGAUUGGAUAAAAACAUGUCAAGGACAAUCGCAACUUAUUCUUCGACCUAAAACUGUUGAUGAAGUUCAAGCAGUUCUUCGUUAUUGUCAUGAACGUCAAUUAGCUGUAUGUCCACAAAGUGGAAAUACUGGUCUUGCUGGAGGAUCAGUACCUGUUUUUGAUGAAAUUGUACUUUCGUUACGUUCACUGAAUUCUAUUGGUGAUUUUGAUGAAAAUAGUGGAGUUUUAAUCGCUGAUGCUGGCUGUAUAUUACAAACAUUAGAUACUCAUGUACAACAAUUUGGACAUACAAUGCCAUUAGAUUUAGGUGCAAAAGGAUCAUGCCUAAUUGGUGGUAAUGUUGCAACAAAUGCUGGUGGAAUACGUGUUGUUCGUUAUGGUUCUCUUCGUUCUGCUGUACUUGGUUUAGAAAUUGUUUUAGCUGAUGGUAGUCUACUUGAUUGUUUAACAUCAUUACGAAAAGAUAAUACUGGUAUUGAUCUUAAACAACCAUUUAUUGGUUCUGAAGGUAUUUUAGGCAUAAUAACACGUGUUGCAUUAGCAUGUCCAUCAGCAAUGUCAGGUGUUGGACUUGGAUUUUUUUCUUGUUCAUCGUUUGAAAAUAUUCUUUCAACCAUGAGAUUAGCAAGAAAAAUAUGUGGUGAAACAUUAUCAGCAAUUGAAUUUUUAGAUGAAUCAACAUAUAAUUUAUCAUUAAAAAAUUUAAAGAAAAAUAAACCUAUUGAAUCAAAUAAAUUUUAUAUAUUAGUUGAAACAAUGAGUUCAACAUAUGAACAAGCUAAAGCAACAUUAGAAAAAUUAGCUAAUUCUGCAUUAGAAAAAGAAUUUAUUACAGAUGGUACACUUGCACAAGAUCUUACACAAUAUAAAGAUUUAUGGUCUAUACGUGAACGUGUACCCGAAGCUCUUGUUGCUGAUGGUUAUGUAUUUAAAUAUGAUUUUUCUUUACCACCAUCUCGAAUGUAUAAAUUAGUUGAAGAAACACAAGAACGCAUGAAACAAUUUUCAAAUGUUCGAAAUGUUACUGGUUUCGGACAUUUAGGUGAUCAAAAUCUUCAUUUAAAUAUCACUGUUAAACAUGGUUAUUCAGAUGAAAUAAAACAUGCACUUGAACCAUGGUUAUAUGAAUGGGUUGCUAAAGAACGUGGUUCAAUAUCAGCUGAACAUGGUCUUGGUUUACAUAAAUCAAAAUAUCUUCAAUUAAAUAAGGGCAAACAAUCAUUAGAAUUAAUGAAACAAAUGAAAAAUAUGUUCGAUCCACAAUGCAUUCUUAAUCCUUAUAAAGUAAUACCAUAUCAAAUAGAUUAG